UGGUUGUCGUUUGUGUAACCUUUAUGCGUGUUUGUAAUUCGUUCACAUCCACAAUUAGGAUAGCCAAAAAUGAACAGAAACUCAUUGCUUUAGGACUGUACUAAAUCAUUUGUACGCAUUUGUAUGGUAUCGCCAAUGUGAAAAAGUUUUCAAAAUAUCACAUCACUAACAGUAAUUAAGAAAGUGUCAACAGUUUCAUGUCAUCGUUUAAGUUUUGCAAUAUGUUUUUUUUUUUUUUUUUAAUCUGUUAUUUUCGAUUGGGAUGCUGUUGGAAAACAAAACUGAAAGAGAACUCGGUAUGUGUCAAGCAAGCUGAAAAGCAACGAUUCGACAUUUCGACUAUCACCACCACGAGGCACACCAGUCGUACCUCUUUACGCUUGCCGGAACCAUUGCAUUUUUCCAAAGCUCUAUACGUCAUUUGACGAGGGAAAUGAUAAUUUUGUCACUCACGUGAUAACCAAACGGUUUUAUGAUACAACUUAAUGUCUCUUGUCAAAAAGAACUCAGAAAAGUACUGAACAUUUCAAAAGGUGUACAGCAUGGAAAAAAACAGAGCCCAAGUUGUGGUUGUGGGCUCCUUCAUGUCUGAUGUUGUCACGUAUGUAGACCGAUUGCCAAAUGCAGGGGAAACAAUCACAGGAAGUCAAUUAGUUUUGUGCUGUGGUGGGAAAGGGGCCAACCAAUGUGUCACUGCUGCUCGUUUAGGUGCUAGAACAUCUAUGAUUGGAAAGUUGGGGAAAGAUUCUUUUGGAGAUGAGCACUUGCAAACGAUGACAGCUGAAGGUGUAGACACAACUCACAUAACACUUACAGAUGAAGCACUAACAGGUGUUGGCCAACUGACUGUCUUGCCCAAUGGACAAAAUAGGGUAAUCACUGUCAGUGGAGCAAAUGCAUACUUAACCGUUAACGACAUCGCAUGUGCAAGAACGACUAUCUCGACUGCGAAGGUUAUGCUGUGCGAAAUUCAAGUCGAAAAAGAGACUGCUAUAGCUGCUCUUCAAAUGGCUAAUGAUUUGGGAGUAUUGACAAUCUUGAAUGCUGCACCAGCUUGCGCUAACCUGGAUCCGGCGUUUUUUAGGCUCAGUGAUAUUUUCUGUGUGAACGAAACCGAGGCUGAAGUGACAACUGGAAUCCAGGUUCGAUCCCUGGACGAAGCUGCUGCAUCGGCCAAGUGUUUGUUAGAGAAAGGUUGUAAAAAUCAUGUAUUAAUUACAUUGGGAGCUCAAGGAGCUCUCCUCUUAUCGAGGGGAGAUGCGGAUAAGCCUGUACACAUAAAAGCACCGGCUGUUUCCGCGAUAGAUACAACUGGAGCUGGAGAUUGUUUUCUUGGUGCAUUAGCGUUUUUCCUCGCCACACGUCCAGAGCUUGUUCUCCACAAAGCCAUUGAAUAUGCAUGCAUCGUCGCCUCAGUUAGUGUCCAACGGAAUGGAACUCAGCCCAGUUUUCCCCAUUGGAAUGAAAUGUCAAACGAAUUAUUUCGCAAUGAUUAAGAUGGAAAUUUUUGUUGUGCGGUUCUUUUUAGAAAUGCGUGUAGUUAAACUUGAGUCAAAUACAGUCACUGCUGGAA